AUGGCCCCCUUAUUACCAAAGCUGAUUUCUGAUAACCAAGCAGGCUUUGUCAAAGGUAGACUCAUCACUGAAAAUGUCCUUCUUGCACAAGAGAUCAUACAUGGCAUGAAGGAGAGCAAUGAUGGAGGUAAUUUGGUCAUCAAGUUGGACAUGUCUAAAGCUUAUGACAGAUUAUCCUGGGAAUUUUUGUAUAAUGGAGAUCCUUUGUCACCAACUCUUUUCAUCAUUGCUGCUGAAGUGCUGUCUACAGGAUUAAACCUGCUUAAUCAGAAUCCCAACUUCAAUGGCUUCUCUAUGAGCAAGAGUGGACCUCAGAUUAAUCACCUUUGCUAUGCUAAUGAACUGAUUCUAUUUAGCUUUGGAGAAAGGAAAUCAGUCAACCUAUUGAUGAAAGUUCUGAGGGAAUACCAAGAAGCCUCAGGUCAAGAGAUCAACAAAGAUAAGACUAACUUCUAUACCUAUGGCAUCCAGAGUAGAAGAAACAUCAGAAGGCUACACAAAUGGACAGGUUACAAACAUGCUAAGCUUCCAUUCACAUAUCUGGGAUGUCUUAUAGAUACAGGAAGGAAAACAUGCAAUCUCUUCUCAGAUCUAGCUACAAAGGUACUCAACAAAGCAGGAGGGUGGCAAGGUAACAUGCUUUUAGUUGGAGGGAAAACAGUUAUACUUGAACAUAUGCUGCAAUCCCAAACACUGUAUUUAAUGGCUGUCUUAGUCCCACUAAUGACUAUCAUGAAGCAAAUAGAAAUGUACUUUUCCAACUUUUUCUGGGGAAAGAAAGAUGAUAAGAACAAGUAUCACUGGAGCUCUUCGGAGAAGAUGUCCUACCCUUAUGAGGAGGGUGGUGUUGGAUUCAAAAGGCUCAGUGACAUAUGCAAAGCUUUUGCCACCAAGAAAUGGUGGAGAUUUAGAAAUAAUGAUAAUUUAUGGGCCAGAUUCUUAAAGGCUAAGUAUUGUCCUAGAUCAAAUCCUAUUUCCAAAAAGAAAAACUCCAAAGUCUCUAAUGCUUGGAAAACAAUGCUGAAUACAAGAGCAGAAGCUGAAAAGUAUAUAAUUUGGAGAAUUGCUGAAGGAAAGGUCUUGUUCUGGUGGGAUACAUGGACUGCAUUUAGUCCUCUAAACCAGCUGGUCAAUCAAAAUCUGAAGCUGGGCAACAACAAGGUAAAUGAGUACAUGGUGGAUGGAGCUUGGGACCAAACAAAACUCGCUGAAGUUCUGCUUUAA